CAGCAACAAUAGCGUCAGUGAUUUGAGAUUCAUACAAAAAUGCCAUCGUUUGGACGCUGCAGUAGUUAAACCAUACAGUACCGGUCAGAGUCCCUGCACAACAGAUGUUACAGUAACUAAUGAGUAGCUGGGCUCACUUUAUUAGGUUAAAGUUGGACCCUUCAGCUCCCUCAUCUCGUUUCGUCCAGCCACACCCCUUCCUGGAGCACAAAGGGUCAACUUUAAUCUGCUGCGAGGGUCUUGCACGUUCACGUGCGUGUGCACUGGUCAUGAGUGGUACAGUCAGACAGAUUACUGUAACUCCUGAUCCAGGCACCGCUUACUUCCUGCGAGUGGACUGGGCCUUAGACCUGGGUGCCGGCUUCACGUUAGUGCUCACUGAUGGCUCCUCGGCUUGGAUUGGAGAGGUUUCAGAAGAUGAGGUGACAAGGGAAGCCAACAACGUGGGAGCCACAGAGGAAAGAUAUGUUGAGGAUCUUCUCCAAGCGCUAACAGGAAGCGAAGGAGGUCCGAGAGGAGGCGACAAAGGGUUGUAUUCUUUCAACAUCACUCCAGAUCACUGCCAUCUCUCAUAUCAGAAGAUUUGUAACGACACCUCGGUGCGUUUGGGUUCUGUGGAGCUGCAGCCAGCCCCAGAACCGCUAGAGCUGAUCCGGGAGAUGAUUGGAUGGUCCCUAAAGCACUCUACUUAUCUGGAGUCCAAAAAUUGCCAGCUGUUGGAAGAGACCCGUGCGCUGAAACGGGCGCAUCAGAGAAUUCUCAGAGAACUGGAACAGCAGGUUCGAGAUAAAGAAAUGUUGGAGGGCGAUCUGUACUCGCGCUUUGUCAUGGUGCUGAAUGAGAAGAAGGCCAAGAUCCGAGGCCUGCAGGAUGCUGUCCGCCAGCUGCAUCAGACAGAUGAGGAAGGGAAACACAGAGAGAGAAAAGAGCAGACCGUCCAGAGCAUCCAUCCAUCUCAGGAGCCAACUAUUCUCCUCCCAGGUUGCGAUCUGGAGUGCCAUGGCGUCUCUGUGGACCGGACCUUCUCCGAUGAGGAGGACGGACAGCGGAAGGAAUAAAACCUCAGAUAUCACCCACCAUGAAUAUGAUUAAAGCCAAACAUCUAAGCAUCAUCUUUUCUUGAUCCCUCUCCGGCUAUGUGGCCAGCUACUUUCAAAUAGUCAGCCCUCCCCUCGAUACUAUCAACAAAAACAGUGGUGGGAAGGGGGCCUGGAUUUGAGGCCAGACUUUGUCCCACUUUGAGAAAGCGAUGGUCAGAAAGCCAGAGCAUGUCACUGCCAUCUGGUUUGCUUUAACUGCGACAAUUAUCUGCCCCUGCUUGCGUAGAGACUUGCUGCUUGUCUCUCUACUACAAUAAAGACGAGCAGUGAAUGACGUUAUCUGUUUCCGAACACUUCAGACUGCUCGCUCCGUGCGGAGCGGCCGCAAAGACCCAAAUGCGUAAGCGGCCAUGUGAUAAUAGACACUUAACGCCCUCCAGUGCUUCCUCAGGAACUGCUAGUGUUGCUAAUGAUUUGGAGAACAUGGUAGAGGAUCUGGGACCAGCAGUAUGGAAGCAAUUUCGCCCUGAGCUCAAAUCUGGCGGACGAGCCCCUCGACGUUGGCGCUAUGCGAGACCAGAGUAACAACUACUGAGGGACAAAGGUUACACCCUGAAAAUAGGGUGUCACCAAGGACGAACCAAAGCUGUGUUGUUGCUGCUUAUUCAUCAUCUCUUGCUGAUGUUUUCCUCCCUCUUUUCAUUAUGACAACCAACUAGAACCCAUCUCUUUCAUUUCCAUUCUCUGAAGUAGCAUUUGGACCUCCCUUGUUUCUCUUUUAUUCGGUAGAUGUUCUUUGGCCCAAACUUCCCGGGGGGGGGGGGGGGGGGGCUGUUAGCAUUGGUUAAUAGCAUUGUGUUGUCUCGCUUCCUCCACCUCUGCUAGCAGCUUUAGGUCCAGAGGUCCUCACAGUGUGUCUUCACACAGACAGUAAUGAACCUAUGGAUUCUGGAUUCUUCUUUUUCAACCCUUCUACCUUUGACUUCUGGACUUUCCUGCUGUCUUUUAGGAUUUUGAUGAUACCUCUAUGUCUGCUGAAGACCACGGGUGGCCGCCUGCAUAAUCCCACAACACCCGCUGGUUGGUUUAGUAAUCCCUAAAGGAAUGUCACACUGGCUCCUCUAUACAUCCCUUUUGUAAGACAUUUUAUAAAGGGAAGCCCAGAUCAUUUCUGAAGGAUCACUCACAGAUGAGUGAUGAUGAGACAGUGUUAUGGACGAGAGAGGAAACUACUGAACAUUUCAGCUUGUUGGUUUCAUUCAGCAAAGCAUGCAGGAUAAUCUCAAACGGGUAUAUUUGCAUAGUUCUUUUAUUUUGUAAUUAAUCUGAUAGUUUAUUUUUUAAAUUUAAAAAGAUGUUCUAAAUGUUUCCACUAUCUGUUGAUUUAUGAAUCAAUCAUACAUUUUAUUUUGGAUACCACAAAUGUUCCCUGUAAAUGUAUUAGAAAUACAUGAAACAGAAGGUGAUACUUUGAUAUGUGAAACAUUGUCAAUGUUUUUCAGAUGGGUUAAUAUAUACAUUGUGAAAUGUCUCACAAGACAUAUUAGUAAUAGUAGAACAAUAUAUAUUUUCUUGUCAGAUGUAUUCAUUAUUGGAAAGACGAACAGCAUGCAGCUAUGAGGAACAUUUUGUUAACAAGGGUAAACAUUCAAGCUGAUAAAUCAUGACGUGCCUUUGAUGGAGUUUCUGUCAUGAGGUUUUAUACUGUACAGUGGAAACAUGUCAGGCAUAAAUCAACCAUAUGAAGAUGUGUUACUAUGGUUAUGUACACCAACUAGUCGGUUUUAUUGAGAAAUUGUCAGCUUGAAUAAAAUUGAUGCUAAUAAGAAUGUGAUAACUACAUUUUAAUAAAUGUUGAAUUCCAUUUUC